GGCGUGCGCGGCGGGCAGGACCAAUUCAGCUGGGAGGACGUGAAGACCGACAAACAGAGAGAGAACUACCUAGGCAACUCGCUGAUGGCCCCGGUGGGCCGCUGGCAGAAGGGCCGCGACCUCACCUGGUACGCCAAGGGCCGGGCGGACGGCGCGGGACUGAGCCGGGAGGAGGAGCUGGCGGCCGUGAGGCAGGCGGAGCAGGAGGCGCUCAUGGCGGCGCUAGGUUACAAGAACGUGAGGAAGCAGCCCACCGGCCUGAGCAAGGAGGACUUUGUCGAGGUGUGUAAGCGGGAAGGAGGGGACCACGAGGAGAAGGGAGUGGACCGCCUCCUGGGCCUGGGGAGCUCCAGUGGCUCCGCAGGCCGAGUGGCGUUGUCCCGAGAAGACAAGGAGGCCGCCAAGCUGGGGCUCUCCGUGUUCACGCACCAUCGCGUGGAGAGUGGGAGGUCGGGGUCCUCCCCAGCCUCCUCCAGGAAGAAGCCUCGGUCGGAGGAGGAGAAGGCGGAGCCGGGCCCCGAGGGCCAUAGGAAAAGCAAAAAAGAGAAGAAGAAGAAGAAAAAGAAGAAGCACAAGAAAGAGAAGAAGAAAGAGAAGGCCCACAGGAGCAAGGGGGCCUCCCCCCGGCCCCCAACUCCUGCGGGGCCAGGGCGUCGGAGGCAAGACUCUGACUCCAGCUCCUCCUCGCCUUGCAGUAAGAGGCGGCGCCGCCACCACAGUGACUGAGGCCAGCCCUACGAGGCUGCCAGCCACUGUGCCCCUGCCCUGCAGCUGCUGUCAAGCUGCCCCUCGGGGGAGACCGCAGGCCUGGGGAGGCACCAGGGGCCUCUGGGGUGGCCACGUACAGCUACUUCUAUUUUUCUUUAACUCACUCUUUGUACUUAAAUAAAGUUAUUUUAAGGGGAAUAUUUCACACUCAA